UAGAGUCCCGCCAUCCCUCACAAUCAUAAACUCCAGACGGACGGAGUUCCCAUACAUUUUCUGUCUAUCUAGGCAGCACUCGCAGCCUGGAAACUCGGAGGCUAUUGUAAGAUUGCCAUGAGUCUUCACGGUUCACCGGGUCGACCGGUGAUGGCUACAAAUCAUCAGGCUGGGUAUCAUGCUAACAAAGAGCAAUCAGAGCAGACUCGCACACAGCAUACGGAGACCGGGUGCGAGUCAGUACACUAGUGGAGCCGACAAUGACUCGACUGCAGGGCGCGCCGAGGUGCCAUUGGCAACGUCGGGUGAGUACGGAAGGGAGCUAGGCAUGCCUCUGCUAGUCCUCACUAAACAAGUGCUUGCAGGACCUUCCUUGCCUGGCUACAGGUGACACUUGCUUUUGGCUUGGUCUCACAAAGGGUCUCCAGAGCGGGGAGCCGUACCCGACAUCGAGAGAUUUGCGCGCUCACAGCCCCCUGCAUAAAAGCCGUCAUAUUGAUGAGCGCACACUAUCAUAGUUAGCAUAUCUACGCUGACCACCCCCAUCCCCUUCUCCUCUCGCCUAAUGUCCGUUAACAAGAAACAGAGCUCGUUUACAGUUGACUUCCUGAUGGGAGGUACUGCCGCUGCAAUUUCCAAGACAGCAGCGGCACCUAUCGAGCGUGUCAAGAUUCUCAUGCAGAACCAGGGAUCUAUGCUAGCUGCAGGACGGCUGAAUCGUCCCUAUACUGGUAUCAUUGACUGCUUCAAGCACACGUACCAGAAUGAAGGAAUGCUGAGCUUUUGGCGUGGCAACGGGACAAAUGUGAUCCGCUAUUUCCCCACGCAAGCUCUGAACUUCGCCUUCAAAGAUACGUUCAAGGAGAUAUUCAACUUUAGAAAAGCUGACAACUUCACCCUCUGGGUAUUCGGAAAUAUUCUCAGUGGAGCAGCUGCCGGUGCCUCAUCUUCUGUCUUCGUCUACUCUCUAGAUUACGCGCGCACACGCCUUUCUGCCGACGCGAAGAGCACCGCAGGCGGAGGCCAACGUCAGUUCAAUGGUCUCUCGGAUGUGUACAAGAAAACUCUUGCGUCCGAUGGUAUUGCAGGCCUGUAUCGAGGAUUUGUCCCCAGCGUUGUGGGUAUUUGUGUCUACCGCGGUUUAUACUUCGGCGGUUAUGACACUAUUCGAGAUACUUUCCUUGUUGGUUCUCUGAAGGGCAACUUCCUGGCAUCCUUCGCCGUCGGAUGGACCUGUACCACGGCUGCUGCGUUAGCAUCCUACCCGCUUGACACCAUCAGGCGCCGCAUGAUGAUGACCUCUGGGGAGAAGGUCCGUUACAAAAACUGGAUUGAUGCGGGAAGGCAGAUUGCUACCAAGGAAGGCAUCAAAGCAUUUUUUGCCGGCGCUGGUGCAAAUAUCUUCCGGGGUGUAGCCGCUGCCGGGGUGCUCGCGCUGUACGACCAAUUCCAGGCCCUGGCCUUCGGGAAAAUUUACAAAGCAGGCUCUGCCUAGGUCACGAAAGGACACUCACAUACACGCCUCGGCCUGUUUGUCAACUAUCAGCUUACCAGUUCAAUACUGCCUUUGUUUCGCGACGUCAUCUGAUAACGACUACUGCCUUCAGAGGCUAAAUUAAUUGACGUAGUGUACGGUCCUACACAGCCGUUUCUAGUAUCGUAUUUCACAGAAUGCAUACUUGUGACACAAUUCGCUU